ACACUAAGUGGCAGCAGUAGUGGAUUUCUGUUUCUACUUGGUGUUCGUUCUGCUGGCCUGCUGCGUCGAUGGUGAGUUGAUGCGCUGCUCUUCCAGUUCGAUCCCCGCUGCUGUCCUUCUCUUUUCUUCCCAUGGCAGCCGACGGUUCCUCUAAGAGGUUAGAAGGGAAAGUUGCUCUGGUGACUGGGGGAGCAUCUGGUAUUGGCGAAAGCAUUGCCAGACUCUUCAUAGAGCAUGGCGCCAAGAUCUGUAUAGUUGAUGUGCAAGAUGAGCUUGGUCAGCAAGUAAGCCAACGCCUAGGUGGUGAUCCACAUGCCUGCUACUUCCACUGCGAUGUUACUGUUGAGGACGAUGUUCGUCGGGCUGUGGACUUCACUGCUGAAAAAUAUGGCACAAUCGACAUUAUGGUCAACAAUGCUGGAAUUACAGGUGACAAGGUCAUUGACAUCCGAGAUGCUGAUUUCAAUGAAUUUAAGAAGGUUUUUGACAUCAAUGUAAAUGGUGUCUUUUUGGGGAUGAAGCAUGCAGCGCGAAUUAUGAUUCCAAAAAUGAAAGGCUCUAUAGUCUCCCUGGCCAGUGUAUCUUCUGUGAUUGCAGGAGCUGGUCCACAUGGAUAUACGGGGGCAAAACAUGCUGUAGUAGGUCUCACUAAGAGUGUGGCUGCAGAGUUAGGUAGGCAUGGGAUACGUGUGAACUGCGUAUCUCCAUAUGCAGUCCCUACAAGGCUCUCCAUGCCCUACUUGCCUGAGUCAGAGAUGCAAGAGGACGCUUUGCGAGGAUUCCUAACCUUUGUUCGCAGUAAUGCCAACUUGAAAGGCGUCGACCUGAUGCCCAACGAUGUGGCAGAGGCUGUGCUGUACUUGGCAACCGAUGAAUCCAAAUAUGUCAGUGGGCUUAAUCUUGUGAUCGAUGGCGGAUUUUCCAUUGCUAACCAUACACUCCAAGUGUUCGAAUAAGGAUGCUGCAUUCUAGAUUGGUUGAUGGAAAUGAAGCAACUUGUCAUAUGCUUACAAGUCUUUGUAUGCGGGACAAUCAAAUAUGCUUCGUAGCAAAGUUGGCAACUUGGUAUUUUAUCUCAGUUUUCUGACUUAGUAAACUGGUUGAUUGUUAUGUAAUUUGGUAAAUAUUUGGGUAGUAAGUUGUAUUAUGCCAGAUUUAAAUGCACGCACUAUGCUCGAGCUGAGAUGAAAGUUAUUAAAAUAAUAUUAAGAGAAUCCUAUUAUAUGUA